GCUAUUCAUACAGCUAAAGAUACUCUAAAGUGAAACAGAUGAACUACUGGACCUGAAUACAGAAGGAAUAUUGUGAAGCAUCUGGAAUUUCAGCAUGAAGGAAGGAUCUUUUAAGGAUGAGCUGGAAAACCAUAAAUGCCCAAUUACAGCAGUAAUGGACCAGAGCAGAAAAAGUGAAUGUGUAGUGACAGCGGUUCCACUGAUUAACGAAGCACAGCUCACAGCAACUACUGGUGGAAAUGAACUUUACUGUUACCGUUGUGUUGCUCCCUUUGGGGUCAUCAUCCUUAUAGCUGGCGUAGUGGUUACUGCCAUAGCAUAUAACAUUGAUUCCUCUAGAUCUGUUCUCUUAAUUUUUGGACUAAUUCUUUUGACAUUUGGAAUACUGCUAAUGAUCUUUAGUGCCAUUUGCUGGAAAAUUAGACAGAGAAGAAAAUCAGCAAAAGAAGAGAAAACAUAGUAUGCUUCUAGAAAAUGGAAAGAGAACACUUGACUGAAUAGAUUUUUUUUUUACAUCAGUACUGGCAAACCAUACAACAGACUGUGUUAAAGGUUUCCAGCAUAUUUAGUGGGUAUUGUACCAACAACCAAUACUGAAAGAUUGCCAUCUAGCAUUUGAAACUUCAUAGUAGCAUAGCAGAAUCUGAUACAACAAUAAUAAAUGCCUCAUUUAUA